AUUUUCUUCUUGUCUAUAUAUAUAUAACAACCUUAUUGUAUACUUUUCUUCUUUUUUCUUUCUCUUUCUUUCUUUUUUCUCUUUUUCUGAAUAAUGCCAAUUGCAACAAGGCCUUCUCCACUCAUCACACCUGCAAAAUUAGCACCCAACAUUGAGCUUGCCACAGUAAUUUCAUAUGAAAAGCGUCAAGAUCAAAAAAUUUGGUACACUAUCAAAGUAGAAUCCAAAGAAACCAAGGCUUACCUAAUUGGAAGAAGAUAUGAAGAUUUCGCUCACUUUUCUCAAAAAUUACAUGAUCACUUUAGCAAAGUUCGUGCUGGAUCACGCUUGCCACCUAAAAUCAAAAACCGAUUGAAUAUCUUACCUACGAGUAAACAACAGCAUGCUCAACGUGCAGACGAGCUAAACCAAUUUCUGUCCAUGCUGUUCCAAAAGCAGCUCACUUCGAUAACUGGAUCUUAUUUGGUGCUUGAAUUCUUUGGUAUACAGAAAUCAGAUUUAGUAGCCUAUGAAAGAAAGUUUGAGGAGAUCUGCAAACAAAUGACAAAUGAACAUGUGCCUCCCACGCCACAACCUUCUCAGUCUCAAAGGCCAUUUGAUUCUAAAUGGAAACGACUUCGUUGUACAUCUUUUUUAGCUAAAUCACCACCUUCGACAACCAAUUUGUCUUCUUUAUGCAGUCAAGCAGCCAACAAAAUCAUGCCUUCUUGGCACCGUAAUCACAGUACUCCUCAACCUUCUUUCUCAACGCCUGUGGUUCUUGACGUUUCAUCUAAAUCCAUGCCGAAUGGUUAUCGUCCAGCCAGAGCACCACUCAAGAAGAGCAAAUCCAGUCUUUGCAUUAUCACAGAAAGUCAGGAACAAUUACCACCAUUGCCUGUCCACCCUCUAUCAGAAAAGUCACCUGUGAGCAGCAUUGCAUCUUCCCAUGUAAGCGUGAGCACACAUGCAACUACAGUUGAUUCGCCUAAGAGCACGAUCAAAGUCAAAGUGAUUUAUGAUGUGGACAAUAUCGUUGUGAUCCAAGUGCCUCGAUCCAUUACCCUCAGCGAUUUGCGCUCGCGUAUUCAACAAAAAUUUUCCGACCCUACUAUGGAAGGCUGUGUACAUCUCAAUGCAGUUGACUUACUCUACAGUGAUAGUAGCAGUAGUUGCUGCAGCAUAGCAUCUAACAAGACAACGGACAUGAAUGUACCGGUUAUUUUGAUCCGUAAAGAACAAGACUUGGCUCAAAUUAUGCAGACAAAAUGGAACAGACUGGAAAAAGUUACUCUGCGCUGCAUUAUGUAAACACAUAUCACUUUCCCUCACUCUCUUUUUUUUCUUCUCUCCUUAACAAAAUGUUCAUAUUUGUGUAAAUAGCACUACAAAAUUCCAUCCUUUUUUUUCCUUUUUACUGGUUAAAUAGUUCUUCAUUCCUUUCUUUUUUUUUAUAAUAUAACUUUAAGCCUUUUAAACGAAUAGUAAAUAAUAAUAAUAAUAAUAAAAACUUUCUCCUUAAACAAA